CAGCAGCUAUGGGAGUAUUAUUUAAUCUGCAGCAUGCACCCUAUGUCAAAAAAUUCAACACACCAGCAGUGUGUAGGAGACCUGAAAGUGGCACAUGGCAGAGUGUGGCGAUGGAGACAGCAGCAUUGGGAGGCCGUACAGGGACCCAUGACAGACUCUGGACUCAGGCAUGCAGCACAGGGGCGCAUGAGGAGGCGGUAUAGCCUGGGGCCAUGGCAGAUUAGGGCCUGGCAGCAGCUAUGGGAGGCCCCAAAUCUGUGCGCCAGCACCCUAUGUCAAAAAAUUCUGAACACACCAGCAUGUGUGAGUGAGCGUACCUGAAAGUGGCACAUGGCAGACACUCUGGACCUGGCAGCAGCAUGA